AUGACUGUAGGGGAGUCGCUUGAUUCUAUUGAUGAUUAUAUUAGAAUGUCUGAGAGAACUGCAAGAGAAAGUUUGUACAGAUUGGCAAGAGGUGUUGUUGAAACCUUCGGUGGCGUUUAUUUGCGGAAACCUUCGUUGAAUGAUAUGCAACAACUAUAUGUGGCACAUGAAGAAAGAUAUGGUUUUCGGGUUGCAGGUUCCAACAACGACAUCAACAUUCUUGAUCAGUCACCAAUAUUCAACGGUAUUUUUUCAGGAAAGGUACCAGAUGCUCCUUUCACAGUGAAUGAAAAUGAAUAUAACUUUGGGUAUUACCUUACGGAUGAAAUAUAUCUUGUAUAUUCCACAUUCAUGAAGGGAUUUCGACACCCAGUAGAACCAAGAGACAAGUUUUUCAAGAGGAGACAAGAAGGGACACGUAAGGAUGUGGAACGUCCUUUUGGAGUUCUAAAGUCGAAAUGA